GUGACAUUUGUGAUAUCUUCCAUAAACCUCACUUUUUUAUCCUACACAAUCUCCUCUCACUCUAUGUUGUUAGAUGAAGUUCAAAGUCCAAAUGUAUAUAUCGGCUUGGAACGUGUUCCAUCUAAUGCGCUCCAUUGCCGCAGACGAGUGACAUUUCCCCGAUCUUUUUGGACUUACUCAUUGGAUGAGCCCGCUGCCCUCACAAAAAUUCACGCUCCAGAUGAUAAAUCUUUCCUAACCUUUGGGGCGUCAGUAGACUCUUACGUCGAGAUAUAUGUUGCAGACUAUGGCCUGGAGAACUGCACUAUUUCAGCACAGUUUCUUCCUCGAGAUGGUUUUACCGACUCCAAUGUGCAUUUAGUAGAUCUCUACCUUCUCGAUGGCCCAAGAUUCAAGUCGACACAUAGGACCUUUCUCGGGAGUUUGCUGACUUCACCUGGGGCAAUCACUGCUACACCUCCAUUUUAUUGUCCCUCCCAUACACUCCUCUUUUUCGAGUGGAAGUGCCCGCAUCCAGAUUGUAUAAUUGGAUUUCCGCUUGAAGGAGUUACAGCAAUGACUGCCUCUGCAGCAUCACUGAACAAGAGUGGAUUUCAAAUGAACCAGUAUGAAUCAACGGAAUGCAUC